AUGGUGCAUUGUGUGAGACGGCCGCCGGCCGAUGCGCUGGCUGUGGUGGACGGCGGGAGGUGGCGCGGCCGCGAUCACGAGGUGCCCAUCUGA